GGAGUCAGUGCGCAGAGAACAGCAGGUAAGAAUGGACUCGAAACAGCAAGUUAAUGCGAUUAGCUUCAUGAAAAGGUGACGAUGCAGUUCCUGGGCCGUCUGUUGGACACGGUGUCCUCGGUGUCCACCCUCUUCACAAACCCGUACCGGGUCCGGGAUGUCCCGCUGUCCGACUACGGAGGAGGAGGGAAAGUUCUUCUGAAGGAGGAGGGACGCAUUGUGCUUUAUAAAAACACACAGUACCAUUCCUGGGACUGCCUGCUCAUGAUCCCCGAGACGCCCAACAUGACCCUGAGGCUGUUUCAAGUCGGGUCGGAGGAAGACGCCAUGAACUGGUUCCCGCAGUACGCCCUGAAGCUCCGCCCCUUCUAUGAGACACUUCCUCUGAAGGCGGAGACAGCUCAGCCAAUCGUGGACUGUCUUCGCAGCCACCCCGACUGGAGCUCCGCCCACAUCGCCGUGGAGACAGGCCUGAGAGAGUGCCUCAAACACAACUACGUCCAGAGCCAGAUAAAUGCCCGGGACGCUUCCGGUCAGACGCCGCUGCAUCGGGCGUGUGAGCGCGGCGACACGGCGUGUGUGACAGAGCUGCUGGAGGAGAGCCAGGCUCGCACCGACAUCAAGGACCAGGACGGAGAGACCCCCAUGCACUGCGCCGCCAAGCACGACACGCCCGCCAUCAUCCAGGUGAUGUGCUCUCGGAUGUGCUCCGGUGUGAACGAGCUGAAUAACCACGGGGAGACGCCGCUGCACGUGGCCUGUCGCCUCGGCCGCGUCGAGUCCGUCAAGGCUCUGCUGGGGGGCGGGGCCAAGUGUGAUGUCGUUGGAGGCGUGGGAUACCCCAUCCACAGCGCCAUGAAGUACAGCGAGAAGGGCUGUGUGGAGGAGAUCCUGAAGGCCGACUCCGGUCAGCUGCAGGCCGAGGACUCUCUGUACGGAGGAACGCCGCUGCACUGGAGCAAAACGGCUGAGAUGUGCCGCCUGCUGCUGGAGCACGGCUGUGCGGUGAACUACCUCAGUAAGACCGGAGAGAGCGCUCUUCAUGUCCUCACCAGGAGGGGGCGCUUCGAGGCGUCCAUGGUGCUGCUCACACACGGAGCCAACGCCAACCUGAAGGGCCAGAAGGGAAACACGGCGCUGCACCUCGCUAUGAAGAUGGAUCACAUGGAGCUGAUCAAAGCUCUGAUCGUGUUCGGGGCGGACGUGGAGAUCCACAACGACCUCGGAGAAACGCCGGGACUCAUCGCUGCUCGCACCAGCAAAGGUCCUAAUAGAAAGAUACUGCUGGACAUGCUGUGUAGUGUAGGGGUUCAGCGCUGCCACCCCCCCUCCCCCAGCAGUCCGCCUCCCUUCUCCAUCAAGACCAAACCUGCAGGCAUAGGGUUUGAGGAUGUCAUGUAUGCGGGGGCUGCUCUCAGUGUGAUGAGCAGAGGAUCAUCUGAAGUGGACGGGUCCAGACUGGAGAACAGGAAGUUGGACCGGCUGCUGUGUCUGGACGGCGGCGGGAUCAAAGGUCUGGUUCUGAUCCAGAUGUUGAUCGCCCUGGAGAGGGAGGCGGGCCGGCCCACAAGAGAGCUCUUCGACUGGGUGGCAGGAACCAGUACCGGGGGCAUCCUAGCCCUGGCCAUCAUCCACGGUAAGUCGAUGGAGUACCUGCGCUGCCUGUACUUCCGGAUGAAGGAGCAGGUGUUCCGGGGCUCCCGGCCCUACGAGUCGGCCCCGCUGGAGGACUUCCUGAAGAAGGAGUUUGGGGAGAACACUAAGAUGGCAGACGUGCGCUACCCCAGGGUGAUGGUGACCAGUGUUUUAGCAGACAGACAUCCAGGAGAGCUGCACAUCUUCAGGAACUACGACCCCCCCUCUCCCCACAGAGACCCCCGCUACAAGACCACAGCCACCUUCAAGCCCCUCACCGUCCCACAAGAGCAGCUGGUGUGGCGCGCUGCCCGAUCCAGCGGCGCCGCCCCCACGUAUUUCAGACCAAUGGGACGCUUCCUGGACGGCGGGCUGCUCGCCAACAACCCGACGCUGGACGCCAUGUCGGAAAUCCAUCAGUACAACAAAGCUCUGAAAGCAGAGGGCCGUGCACAGGAGAUCCAGAGGUUGGGGGUGGUGGUCUCCCUCGGUACAGGUAAACCCCCCCAGGUGGUGGUGAACUCGGUGGAUGUCUUCCGGCCCUCCAACCCUCUGGAGUUUGCAAAGAGCUUGGUGGGAGCCAAGGAGCUGGGCAAGAUGCUGGUGGACUGUUGCACGGACUCUGACGGCUGUGCGGUGGACCGAGCCGGAUCCUGGUGUGAGAUGAUCGACACCGUCUACCACAGGUUGAGUCCUCAGCUGUCUCAGGAGGUGAUGCUGGACGAGGUGAGUGACGCUGUGCUGGUGGACAUGCUGUGGGACACUCAGAUGUAUCUGUACGAGCAGAGGGAAACCCUGCAGAGACUCGCCCGGCAACUGAAGGAACACAAAUGAAUCCCGAAGGAAGGAAAUGGGGCGGUGGAGACGGAGAGCCUGGAGUCUGCGUUGCGUGCUGUUUCUGUAAAACCCGUCCGAACACGGGAGCUGACGAGGAGACACGAUUCAAAGGCAGACAGAGAACGUUAUGUAGCAUCAUGUGACCUUAGCACUGACCCCCUGUUCUCAUUAUGGAUCCUUCUGCACAUUAUGGUCUGUCUUGUGGUUUUGGUGUCCAAGCUGAUUUCUGUCUUGUUCUGUCAGUUUAAAACCAAACUGGAUUUAGAUUUUGAGCCUCUGGAGAAUCUAGUGUUUAAGGCAAACAAAUUGAAGCAGAAACUCGGUUCGAUCUGUGGUCAUAAAAACAGCCUGUUCACAAUAUGCAGGGUUUCUCUUCAGGGGUCUGGGAUGGGGGCAAAACUAUCUGACCUAUAUAUUUACUUAUAAAUGUGCUGCUCUUCCCCCCCACUCCCUGAAGCCACUGAUCAUUUCACAGUUCGUGUCUUUUCUGCUGAUCUUUGAUAAUUGGCCUCUGCUCAUUUGCAUCUCCACAAACAUCUUUAUGUUAUUGCAUUAAAUGUUGUUUAUGUAUUUAACUGCGUACAGAGACAUACAGCAUAAAGCCAUGAAGAAAAGCUCAGAUGAUGAAGAUGAUGAAGAUGUUUCCUCUCCUUCUUCCACACACACAUUUCCAUGCCUUUACUAACCAGGUGGUUUAAACGGACUGAUCUCAUAUUUCUGUGGAGUCCUGAACAUAUUACACAAACUGCAUAUCAAGUAUAUUACCGUGCGCUGAGCCUGCUGGACUUGAACGUAAUGAAUUUACUUGAAAGACAAACUUGCACAACAUGAACUGACGGCUUCUCAUUAUUUCCUGUGUUUUUGUAUUUGGAUGAAUUACUGAAGUGUACGCUAAUAAAUAUAUUAAUAAGGACUGAA